UAUGAUACGUUGAACUGAGCUUAAGAUACCCUUCAUAAACAUGAAACUGGGGAGGGGACAUUCUCUGUGCACAUGACUAAUCAAUGGAAUAAUUUAAAAGUAGCAUAGUCAUUGGGAAAACUUUCACUCCAAGGCAUUACAAACAAAAGUGCAAACUUUGCUUGAUUUCACUGUUUCGUAAUUGGAGAAGAAACUUACGAAAAAAGAAAACGAAACUAAAUGGAGAAAGUCGACUCGACCUCCUGCAUGGCAUUUCAUUAUCAGUGGGCCGGAGAUUUAGACAGCAGUGCAGUAUUGACUCAGCCUGGCAAGGACAACUGGAAAAACAAGAUAUUAUCUUGUUGACUAAGCUAAUUCGUACAAAGACUGGGGACAGUCUUUACAAUCAGAUUGGAGAAGAGCAGGCAACAGUGCAAAUCCCACCAUCAGCAAUCUUGAAACUUCAAGAUCAAUGCAAUUCUGGACAGACAAUUGAUGAGAUCAGGAAGAUAUUGCCACCUGGAUAUCUUGCAACCAAAAGAAAGGUUGCUGAGCUAAAGACCAAAUACAAAUUAGAAUUUGAGGCUAUAAUGCAACCACAAAGAACAGCAACUGGUUAUCGCAUUGAGCCAGCCCGUUUGGUCGAAUGUCUGCAUUACCUUUACUAUUGGCUUCCUAAAGAACAGUGGUGGCACCUUUAUGGUGAUGGCAGAAAGUAUGGCAAGAAGGACACUGUUUUGAUGGCUAUUAGCAAUGUAAACAAUGAGCAGAAGUUAAAUGGAAUAAAAUUCCAAAGCCCGAAAGAAAUGUGGCCUAUUCAUAUUUUUCAUCACAAGGACAGCCGUCGAAACCUUGAGCUUAACAUUGGAGAUGGUCAUGGUGGACCAGGAUACUUAAAUGAAUGGAUUAAAGACAGUCAGAACCUGGGCCACCAGGUGUUCCUUGGUGCAGACUCUAAGUUCUUGGAUGCUGUUGCUGAUCCAGAGCUCAGCCCACUCUCCCAAGACAAGUGGAACCUAUGGAUGCAAUGCUCAGCAUCAGAAAAGGGAAAAGUAGAUCCAUCCACAGGACUAAGAACAGACCUCAACCUUUCAUUUGACCGUCCUCUUCCCAAGUCGCUGCUUCCUGCUCUUACUGGUGAUCAUAUCCUUAUGUGUAUUGACCAUGGCUUCACCAGAGUUGCAGAAAAUCUAAUAAUGAAGGUUGUCCGGACAUGUCUUGAUCUGGAGUCAAGGUUGGUGUAUUAG